AAAAAGGUAAUUGAAUCCACCUUGCUCGUCCCGCAAAGCGGUUGACAUUUCAAUCACUUUCUUUGAAUGCACGUUUCUCGGCGACUGCGAAUCAAACCUCUCAACAUCCGAUUAUUCCCUUCAAUCUCUCUCCUUCGACGAAAAAACCCUAAGCCCAUUCCCACGACAUGUCGUUCGAUGAAGAAGAGUCCCUCGAACACACCCUCCUUGUAGUCCGCGAAGUCUGCGUCUACAAAAUCCCGCCCCGCUCCACUUCCGGUGGCUACAAAUGCGGUGAGUGGCUCCAGUCCGACAAGAUCUGGUCGGGUCGACUCCGGGUUGUUUCCUGCAAGGACCGUUGUGAGAUCCGCUUAGAGGAUCCCAACUCGGCCGAGCUCUUCGCCGCUUGUUUCAUCCACCCGGGCCAGCGCGAGAGUUCCGUCGAGCCGGCGCUCGAUUCCUCCCGGUACUUCGUGCUCAAGAUCGAGGACGGCAAUGGGAAACACGCGUUUAUUGGGCUCGGGUUUAAUGAACGGAACGAGGCGUUUGAUUUCAACGUGGCGUUGUCCGAUCACGAGAAGUAUGUUAGGAGAGAGAACGAGAAAGAGACCGGUGAGACGAGUGAGAGUGAUUCUCAUAUUGAUAUUCAUCCCGCUGUUAAUCACAGAUUGAAGGAAGGUGAGACCAUUCGGAUUAAUGUGAAGCACAAGCCAUCUAGUGGAACUGGCAUGCUUUCAGCUGCAGGAUUGUCAGGGGGGCUUUCUGGUAGUGGAAAGCCUAAGACUUUGGGCCUUGCCCCACCACCCAAUGGUGCCGGAAAAAUAAGGUCUCCUCUUCCACCUCCUCCCGAUGACCCUGCUGCUGCUCGGAUGACCUCUACUAAUCAAGGUGUUGCACUAACUAAACCCAAGGAAAACACAAGAAGAGCUGACCCUUUAACAGAUUUUUCUCAACUGGAGCAUUGGUAGGGAAUUAGUUAUCUAGCCGAUACAUGAUUUUUUCCGGGGGUGUUCACAUAUAAUUUAUAAAAACUGUAAACAAAAAUUUGAAAUAAUAUGUUGCUAUAUUAUUACAAAUUAUCCAUGACAAGUUCUUAUAUCUUGAAAAAAAGAUGUAAUUGCACCAUUGUUGGUUUUAUCAAAUAUAUCAGUCUUAUAUACAUGAUUAAACAAUCAUUCAACCAAGAAUCAAAUUUUAUUUUGACAGAUUUACCAAUUCUGUCUACAGAAAAUGUCUCCACGAAAAAUUUUGGAGUGUCCAGAGAGAAAUUUUCCUUUAAAAUUUUUUAUUUUUCAAUGCCUUUUCACACAGAUGCACCACUGGUUCUUAUUUUUCAAUGCCAUA